ACGGAUUUUCAUGUGACAGCUGGUUCACGCAGGAGUUGUGAGGUCCAGCACGAAAGACCAUUGAUGGACUACAUUGCGCCGCAGAGGGUUUUUAACCGAAGCGGGUGAUAAAACCGGGCCGAGACAGCCCGACACCGUCCCGGUGCGGCCAUGGACGAGCACGCGGGCCCCGGUGUGUUCUUCAACAACAACUCGGGCUCAGCCGGUGGGGGGAACCUCAAAGCUCCGCAGUCCGGCGACGUCGGCGGCGGAGAGUCGGCCAGGGCUCAGUACAGCAUCCCGGGGAUUCUUCACUUUCUCCAGCAUGAGUGGGCCCGGUUCGAGGUGGACCGCGCACAGUGGGAGGUGGAGCGGGCCGAGCUGCAGGCGCAGAUCGCCUUCCUGCAGGGGGAGCGGCGGGGCCAGGAGAACCUGAAGAAGGACCUGGUCAGGCGGAUCAAGAUGCUGGAGUACGCCCUCAAACAGGAGAGAGCCAAAUACCACAAACUGAAAUACGGGACAGAGCUGAACCAGGGAGACCUGAAACCUCCCAGCUACGACUCAGAUGAAGGGAACGACGGCGACGCUCCGAGUCCUCCAAACAGCAGCCAUCAGCUCAGCUGGAAACAAGGGCGUCAGCUUCUCAGACAGUACCUGCAGGAGGUCGGAUACGCCGACACCAUCCUGGAUGUGAAGUCUCAGAGGGUGAGGGCGCUGCUCGGCCUGACCGGAGACUCUACAGAGAAACCCUCGGACAAGAAGAGCGAGCCCAUGGUCAACGGCACCGAACCGUCCUCCAUGAAGGACAGCGGCUUGGUCAGUAAACCCGACGUGUCUGACUCGGCCACGGUGUUGGAGGCCUUCAAGUUCAUCGAGAGCGCAGCCGCUGAGUUCAGCGAUGAAGACGAGGACGAGGACAGCGAUGCUAAGGACAAAACCAUCCUGGACCUGGCGGCUAUGGUGAGGAAGAAGCAGUCCUCCACCCCGUCCUCCACCACGUCCGACCUCAGCGAUGACCCCGACACAGAGGAGGCACUGAAGGGGUUCGACUUCCUGGCGAGUCCGGAUGAGCUGGACGGGUCGCCCGAGUCGAGGAGCGGCGAGGACAGCGGAGAAUGGGAGAAGGAUGAUCAGUCUCCUCCUGGUGAACUGGCCUGGGACGUGGACCAGGGACUGAUAGCCCAGCUCAAAGAGCAGUACCGAAAGGAGCGCAAGGGCAAGAAGGGGGUUAAGAGACCAAACCGGUCCAAACUCCAGGACAUGUUGGCCAACCUUCGGGACACUGAGGAUCUCCCGUCCAUUCAGGCGGCCGUGACACCGCCGUCCCGGCCCAGCGUUCCCAGGAUCAUUGAGCAUGAAGUGGGACGGCCUGAAGACGAGACGAUGACAUUCCUUCCGUCCUCUGGGAAGUCAUUCAUACUGGGCCGCGUGGACGAAGCUGUCUCCAAUGAACUGGGACUGGGAGAACUGGCCGGACUGACUGUGGCCAAUGAGGCUGAGAGUCUGGGAUACGAUAUCUCCAACAGCAAGGACGCUCUGAGGAAAACCUGGAACCCGAAGUUCACGUUGCGGAGCCACUUUGACUCUGUCCGCAGUCUGGCCUUCCACCCGGUCGAGCCGGUUCUGGUCACGGCCUCAGAAGAUCACACUCUGAAACUGUGGAACCUUCAGAAGACGGCGCCGGCCAAGAAGUGUGCUGCUUUAGAUGUGGAGCCCAUCUACACCUUCAGAGCUCACAGCGGUGCAGUCCUGUCUGUCACCAUGAGCUGCAACGGUGAGCAGUGUUUCAGUGGAGGAGUGGACGGGACCAUUCAGAGCUGGAACACCCCCAAUCCCAACAUCGACCCCUACGACUCGUAUGAGCCCUCCGUGCUGCGGGGGGCGCUCUGCGGCCACAAGGACUCGGUGUGGGGUCUGGUCUACAGCUCAGCUCAUCACCGCCUCCUGUCCUGCUCGGCUGACGGGACGGUCCGGCUGUGGAGCGCCGCCAACACCUCGCCAUCUCUCGCGGUUUUCAAUGAACGAGGAGAGCUCGGCAUCCCCACCUCGGUGGACCUGGUGAGCAGCGAACCGGCUUACAUGGUGACGUCCUUCAACACGGGAUACAUCGGACUUUACAACAUGGAAACGCAGCAGCUGGUCCUAAAGCUGGAAUCUGAUGGACCACCAGAAUCUCCCUGUAAGAUCAACAAAGUGCUGAGUCAUCCCACGCUGCCCAUCACCAUCACGGCUCAGGAGGACCGGCACAUCCAGUUCUUCGACAACCACACAGGUAAACUCAUCCACUCCAUGGUCGCCCAUCUGGACUCCGUGACCAGUCUCGCUGUGGAUCCAAAUGGGCUGUACCUGAUGUCGGGCAGUCAUGACUGCUCUAUCCGUCUGUGGAACAUGGAGAGCAAGACCUGCAUCCAGGAGUUCACCGCCCACCGCAAGAAGUUUGAGGAGUCUAUCCACGACGUGGCGUUCCAUCCCACCAAAUGUUACAUCGGCAGCGCCGGAGCCGAUGCACUCGCCAAGGUCUUUGUAUGACCUGAGACGGCUACCAGGGAACGGCAGGCUACAGGAACGCUGUGCUUCGGGAACGUCGGGAGCGUUUGUUUUUUCUUUUCUUUGGAAGGUGAUGGACUUUGUUUACUGCUUUAAUGAUCCGGACGACCCCUUUAACAGCCCCGCCCCCUCGGCUGGACUCGGGCAGGCCCACCUCUCAAAACAAACAAACCUCUGAAGGACUAAAGGCAAGCCUUGAACGGGAACGUCGUUCCUUUUCCCGAAGCUGGAAUCUUUUUUCCUUCUCCAUCUCCGAACACAACCUGAUGUGUUUUUUUUUCUGAUGUGCCUUUUUCCUCCACAGCAUCCAUCCGUUCAGGUGUGGGGGCGACAGGAAAUGAGUCCGGAUCAGGUCCGGAUCGGGAUCCAACAGGAACACCAGUUUCGUGGUCAUAGGUUCAUGUCCUGAGCUGCUCUGACGGGAGGUCGGGUUGGAACUUUUUGAUGACUUUAUUUCAGAUCUGAUGUGAUCCUUCUGGAUCCUUCCAGCCUGUGGAGGUCCGGUGUUUUUCCACAGCGGAGCUGCAGAUGUGAUGCAGAUCCGUGGAAAUCUGUUUUCCUUAUUGUGGUGAUACCGGAGUUCUGCUUCUGGUAUCAUCACAGAAACCAAACGUCCUCCUCCAUUGUCUCCCAUACGCAGCAGGACAACACACAUUCGCUUUUCCAGCUGGGAAUUCCUCUCCAACAGAAACUGAACCGGAGAUCUGGAAAAACUGAAGAUUUGGAUCAACCGGAGUUCCAGACCUGCCAGAGAAAAGGACAGACUGGAUCCGGACUGUAUUGUGGGAGUUUUCUUUGUGUCCUGUACCAUAGCUUGGAUGGUAUUCCGGACGAGCUUCCAAGGAAAAUCUGCAGCGAAGUUUUGUUUCUCCUGCUUUCAUAUUUAUUACGAUUUUCCAAGCCGACUUCCUGCUGACUAACUGGAGUGGUAAACUAACUGCUAACCGCCGUCCAGCUUCAGUCUCGUAUUUAGUGUAAUUCCGACUUGGAGCGGUUCCCAGUUUUCUACACGACUCUGGUUUCACACACAGAAACAUUUUCUAAAUUGUUUUACUUGAAUUUUCUUUCCUUUUGGGAUUUUCUGCUGCUGACAUCAAACCAAACCAUCAUCUGGGAGCAGCUGCUUCCUGUCCAGGAGGAACGGAAACUUUAUUCUAAUCACAAGACGAAUCGGAGGCGUGUCCAGUUUCUACGGGAAGUCUGAAUUAACCCGGUGGGAAGGCUGAGUGGAGAGACGUUUAACCACAGACUGGAAUUCCUUUCAAAGAUUUCUGGGAUGUUUUAUCCUGGAUGUAAAGUGAGUGAAAGCUCAUUUAACUCACGUUAUUUAAGUCAUUUAGGAAAAAUUUAGAUUCAUAUUUUAGGUAAAAGGUCAAACGUUUGCAUCCAGGUGUUGCAGCAGUUCCAGAUCUUUCACCGUCCUGCAGAGUUUUUCUCUCCUAGUGCAGCUUCAUGAUGGGGCGACGCAUCCUCAUGCUUCUAAAUCUGAGAAGAGGAACGCGACAGUUCGUCUCCUGAAGCCAUGAAAUCAUUUUAGUUCAAAACCUGUGGUGAGACGUCACAGAUCUGAAGAUCUGAACCUCUUCAGAGCUUCAACACAGCUGCCGGCCAAGCUGUGGCUGAACGGCGGCGAACCGGAGAACCGGUUAGAACCGGAGCUUCUGAAGAUGCUUACAGCUCUGUGCAGAAGUCUGGAGCCGCCCUCACGUCUUCUCAGGAAAAACGCGACAUGAAACCAGCUCAUCCCAACAGUUAGGAGCCUCUUACUGGUCCGAAGGUUCUUCUGGAACUGGUCCGGAACUGGAGCUGAGACUAGUCCGGUACUAAGACUUGAGCUGGAACUGCUCCGGUGCCGGAACUGGAGCUGGUCCAGGACUGAGACUGGACCGGGAACUGGUCCGGUACCAGGACAGGGCUGGAAAUGGAGGGAAACACCUUCAAAAAGAUGUUGAUCCAGACCAGUUUAGGGGAUUACAACAAAGUCAUAAAAGAAAAUACGAGGACUGGAUCGGGGUUCUGGAUCAGGACUGGAUCUGGACUCUGGUUGCUGGUUGUGGAUCCGGACUCUUCUCUCUGGUUAACGGUGGAGUGUUUUUCCCCUCCAGCUUCUUCCAUCUGGACGUUGUGACCUGAACCAACAGGAAGUUUCAGCUUCUUCUACUUUCAUCAAACCUCAUUAAGUUCAGGAGAAAAGCUUCGGUCCACCUGAAGGAUUUUAAUUCCGCUCAUCAGAACAGACCGGUGAACAGGAGAGGAUGGACGAGUCCUUUAACAGCUGUUUUUAUUUCUGUAUCUGAUCGCGAAGUUGCUCCACUUCCUCGUUCUGAUGGGAGGAAAUCUUCUCUCUGGUUGUCAGGCCGAAAUCAAAAGUUCAGCCUAAAACCUAGAAGAAGUGGCGGCUCAGGUCUGAGCUGCCUGUAAAUUAUUGUUGUUGUUUAAUGUGUACAGUUUCAUUGUAAAGAAGAGAUUCUAGAAGCUGCUGUGGCUGUACAUACACUACACACAUGUUCAUGUUGUUUCUUUCUUCUACAUGCCGGAGCUGCAGAUUUAUCAGUAACAAUAAAGGCUGGUGCAUCUCAUUGUGGCACCAAACAGCGUUUGUUCUCAGAACUCUGAGUGGAUGAGUCAAUAAAACCAUGGAAACCA